UUUUCCUCCCUCGGCCUCCGAUAGACGUCUCUUCCUCUUCAAGCGCCGCUCCUUUCUCGUGCUCCCGUUUCCUCCUUCUCUUCCUCUCUUUUAUAUCAUCCUCUUACUAAGUUACUAGUUCUCUUGGGAGUUCCGGUGACGAUUUUGUUCUUGUUUGUGUGUAAGGAUCAUCAAUGGCAGCAGAACACGGCACUUUGACAGAUCCUACUAGCUCAACAUUUUCAUUUAUUGAUGAGGAUCAUACACUUGCAAAUUCUGUCAGAUUCACCCUGAAUCAAGAUCCUAGAGUAUCCUUCUGUGGUUACAGCAUUCCUCAUCCUGCAGAUGCUAAAGUCAAUAUCAGAGUACAGACAACAGGUGAUCCUGCGAGAGAAGUAAUGCAAGAUGCAUGUCAAGAUUUGAUGCUUAUAUGCCAACAUGUAAGAAGCACUUUCGACAAGGCUGUUGCUGAUUUUAAAAUGAGCCAGCCCAUGGAGACAAUGAAGAUUGAAUGAAAUAAUGAUUGUAGUUAGAUGAAUUCCCCUUCCCUAAUGUUGAAUUUAGUUGAAGACAAUUUUGGUGAAAUUCGCCUCUUUUUUUCCAGAAGAUAUGGGAAACAUCCUCAUUGCCACUUGAUCUAGUUGUAUAGAGAAACCCUGGACUUAAAUUGGUAUUUUUCAGGGAAAGCAAAUAUCAUAUAACAUAUCCCAUCUUUCA